AAUAGCAAUGAACAAAAAAAUAAGAUGGAUAUACUAAAGCAAGUGAAGGUAUAUCGUUAAACAUUGUUGCCAAAUUUCAAAUUUGACCUUGCUUUUCGUUUUUUUCUUUCUCUGCAUGAUUUUGGUUACUUGUGUACAGAUGAGAUUCCUUUACCCUUCUCGCAUGGAAAAGUGGAUACUACGAACUAUUGGAGAGAGAUGGAGGCAGCAUAAGUCAAAUCUGAAGUCACUCUAUUUUGAUGUGAAUAAGAGUCUGGAAGUUAAUUGCAGCAAUUAUCCAGAAGGUGUUGUUAUUAAGGAUCAGUGGAUUGCACUUGUAAACAAUUGGAUGACCCCAAAGGCAAAGGAAAUAAGUGAGACAAACAGGACAAAUUGCGCAAAGAAGAAGUCGACGCAUACAGCUGGAACAAAAAGCUUUGCUCGGAACAGAGAAGAGCUGAGGCAAAGAGAUCCUGAAAAGAAGGUCCCUCACAGAGCCGUUGUGUUCAUCCAUACACACCAGCCCAAAAGUGACAAGAAUAUAAAUGGACAUGUGGGCGAACUGAAGGAGCUUUUAGAAGAGCAGCCAGAUUUAGCGGACACUAGUCAGGGAAAGAUUGCUUGGAAAGGAGAUGCAUUGAAUCAGAUAUUAGGAGAAGAAAAGCAAGGCCGUGUUCAUGGUUUGGGCCUAGUUCCAAAUCCAAAUAAAGUGUUUGACCUGUCAAAUUCACGACGCUUUAAGAACAUAAAUCUAACUUCAUUGGAUCCGACAUCAAGUGAAGAUGUUCAAUCCCUCAGACUUCAACUGGAAAAGGUCCAAAAGCAUGUCCAGAAUCAAGAUGCUACUAUCAUUCAAUUGAAACAAAAAACAAUAUCUUUAGAAGAAAGACAAGUAGAUCAGAGGAGCUUAGAUGAUUCUGUGCAUACAGCUCAAGAAACUAUCUAUGUUGAUGGGCUAAAUUCGAAUAGAAAAAGGUGGCAAAGUGAUGAUGAAUAUGAGGAUUUACAGCGGCCAAACAAAUAUUCUACUGCACUCAAGGUUUUCUGA